AUGACAACAAGGGAAAUCCCGCCUCCCGGUGCGGACUUGGACUCUGAACUGCCUGUCCUCACGCCUGAGUUUGGCUGCCGUGAGGGGGAGCUGAGGUUCACAUGGCUGGGUCACAGCACUGCCGUCAUUUCCACUUCGACUCUGAACUUCCUGAUCGACCCGGUCUUCGCCCAGCGUUGCUCUCCGGUCAGCUUCGCAGGCCCCGAAAGGCUGCGCCCCGUCCCCUGCAAGAUCGAGUAGCUGCCUCGCAUCGAUGUCGUCCUGAUCAGUCAUGAUCACUACGACCACUGGGACGAUGCCGCCCUCCAGCGUAUCAAACGACCUGAACAAACCCGUGUUCAUCUCCGGCCUGGACAGUGCCUGGACUGGACGGAGUACGUCUAGCUUGAGAUCUGGGGCGAGAAGGUCAGGAUCACCUUCGUGCCGGUCUGCCACUGGGGACGCAGAAGUGUGAAUGACUUCAACAAGCGCCUAUGGGGCGGCUUCGUGGUGGACCUGCCCUAGAAGGGAAGGUUCUUCUAUUCCGGCGAUACUGGCUAUUGCGACGUCUUCAAGGAAAUCGGUGAAUAUUUUGGAGGCUUCGACCUGGCGGUGCUGCCGAUCGGGGCGUACCACCCCCGCUAGCUGUUGAAGCCGCAGCAUGUAGACCCCUCGGAGGCUGUGACCAUCCACAAGUAGCUCAAAAGCAAGCAGUCGGUAGGCGUUCACUGGGGCACCUUCCCCCUCGGCUACGAGCACUACCUAGCACCCAAGAAGGACCUGGCCGAAUCCCUGGAAAAGCAAGGCCUCAAGCCACACGAGUUCCGGGCGCUCUGCCACGGCGAGUCUCUGGCGGUCAAGCUGUGA